AUGACUUCGACAGAAGAUCUCCGCAUCUCCUCACUCUUCGAUGUCAGCAACCAUGUUGUGCUGGUCACUGGAGGAGCGACCGGACUGGGUGAGAUGGCAGCUCAAGGAUUUGUCCAGAACGGCGCCCGUGUUUUCAUUGCCAGUCGCAAAGAGUCCGAAUUGAAAAAGACAUCAGACCGACUGAAUGGCCUGGGACCGGGCAAGUGCGAGUACAUCGUCGCCGACUUGAAGGACAAGGCUGGCUGUGACGGGCUGGUCAAGGAGGUGAAGAAGCGAACGGAUCGUCUGACGGUGUUGGUCAACAACACGGGUGCUACAUGGGGAGCUCCCUAUGAUGACUUCCCAGAAAGCGGAUGGGAUAAGUUGAUGGCACUGAAUGUCAAAUCCAUCUUCUACACGACGGUCGGAUUGCAUGACCUGCUGCUCAAGGGGACCAACGCCGACACGCCCUCGCGAGUUAUCAACAUCGCUUCCAUGGCCGGAAUCCAGACGAGCGACGUCACCACAACGGGAGAAGGCGGACUUUCCGCACCGGGUCACGGCACUUUCAGCUACGGCCCAUCAAAGGCUGCGUGCAUCCAUCUCAGCAAGUUACAAGCUUCCAAAUUGGCCCCAUUGAACAUCAUGGUCAAUUGCAUCUGCCCUGGCGUUUUCCCAUCUCGAAUGACAAACUUUGGCAUUCAAAAGUACAUGGACACAUUGCUCGAACGCCAGCCUACCGGACGAGUGGGCAAGGCGUCUGACUUUGCAGGACUGGUCAUCUUCCUCAGCAGCAAAGCAUCAGCCCAUAUGACGGGUAAUGUGAUUGAGAUUGAUGGCGGCAGCACCCUCACUGGCUGGAGAGCGAAGAAGAGGGACAACAAGAUCUAG